AGACCCCACCCAACCUGUCCGGUUCCUGUAUUUGUGAGGCAGCGAUUUCCUGUAAGACACGGCUGGUCCCCUCAGAAACACGGAUAGCAGGACUGUGACUUCGCAGGGCCAUGGACUUGUAGAAUGAACGAUGGGUUCUUUGUUGUCAUCUUUCGGUCUCAACUGUGGGAAGGAGGAAGUGAAUGAGGAGGAAAGACACAUACGUGCUAAUGACAGAGCGUUUAACCUGUCGCGUCACUACGCGAACAAUGCUAUUAAGACCUCAAAGUACAACAUCUUCACGUUCCUCCCGCUGAAUCUGUUUGAGCAGUUACAGAGGCUGGCCAACGCUUACUUCAUCUUUCUCCUCAUCCUUCAGCUAAUCCCUCAAAUCUCUUCCCUCUCCUGGUUCACCACGGUCGUGCCCCUGGUCCUAGUACUCUCUAUAACUGCGGCGAAAGAUGGCACUGAUGACUAUAACAGACAUAAGAGUGACAAACAGGUGAACAACCGUGAAGUGGAGGUCCUCAUUGACGGCCAAUUGAAGAAAGAAAAAUGGAUGAACGUCCAAGUGGGUGAUAUCAUCAAGCUGGAGACUGACGAGUUUGUGACGGCUGACCUGCUGCUGCUCUCCAGCAGUGAGCCACUCAACCUCGUCUAUGUAGAGACCGCUGAGUUAGAUGGAGAGACUAAUCUGAAGGUAAAGCAGGCUCUGACAGUCACAGGAGAAAUUGGGGACAGUAUUGAAAAUCUAGCAGCCUUUGAUGGUGAGGUACAUUGUGAGCCUCCGAACAACCAUCUGGAUAAGUUCAAAGGAACGCUGACCCUGAACGGGGAGGUCCACUCCCUGGACAAUGAUAAGAUCCUGCUUAGAGGCUGCACCCUGAGAAACACAGAGUGGUGCUUCGGCAUGGUCAUCUUUGGAGGUCCCGACACCAAGCUGAUGCAGAAUUCGGGGAAGACCAAGUUCAAGCGCACGAGUGUUGAUCACCUCAUGAACCUGCUGGUGCUAUGUAUUAUCGGUAUGUUGGCGUUGCUGUGCACUGUCCUGGCUAUCGGGAACACGAUUUGGGAAACCACGGAAGGUUCUUCUUUUACCGUUUUCCUUCCGUCCACCGACAGCUCGGACCCCGUCCUCUCGGGUUUCCUGACCUUCUGGUCCUAUGUCAUCAUCCUCAACACUGUGGUGCCCAUCUCCCUUUACGUCAGUGUGGAGAUGAUUCGUCUGGGGAACAGCUUCUACAUCAACUGGGACAGGAAGAUGUACUACCCCCGGAAAGACACCCCAGCUCAGGCGCGCACCACCACGCUUAACGAGGAGCUCGGCCAGAUAAAAUACAUCUUCUCUGACAAGACCGGCACCCUCACUCAAAACAUCAUGACCUUCAACAGGUGCUCCAUCAACGGCAAAUCCUAUGGUGAAGUUUUUGACUUCUCUGGGCAGAGAAUGGAGAUCACUGAGAAGACAGAGAAGGUGGAUUUCUCCUGGAACCCUUUGGCUGACCCCAAAUUCGCUUUCCACGACCACAGCCUGGUGGAGACGGUGAAGCUGGGGACGCCCGAGGUUCACGCUUUUUUCCGUCUCCUGGCGCUGUGUCAUACCGUCAUGCCGGAGGAGAAGAAAGACGGCCAGCUGGCCUAUCAGGCUCAGUCUCCGGACGAAGGAGCCCUCGUAUUGGCGGCGAGAAACUUUGGCUUCGUGUUCCGUGAACGAACUCCAGAGAGCAUAUCCGUCGUGGAGAUGGGCGAACACACCACCUACGAGCUGCUGGCCGUUCUCGACUUCAACAACGUCCGCAAGAGGAUGUCUGUGAUUGUGCGCAACCCUGAAGGUAAGCUGUAUCUGUACUGUAAGGGAGCUGACACCAUCAUCUACGAAAGACUCCACCCGUCCUGCACCAAACUGAUGGAGGUCACCUCAGAGCACCUCAGUGAGUACGCUGGGGAGGGCUUGCGCACUCUGGCCUUGGCCUAUAAAGAGAUUGAUGAAGGUUACUUUGAGGAGUGGAGACAUAGGCAUUAUGUGGCGAGCACCGCCAUGGAUAAUCGUGAGGAGCAGCUGGAUGCCGUUUACGAGGAGAUAGAAAAAGAUCUACAGCUGUUAGGUGCCACGGCAGUGGAGGAUAAACUACAGGAUGGGGUACCUCAGACCAUCGAGCAGUUGGCGAAAGCUGACAUAAAAAUCUGGGUGCUUACUGGUGAUAAACAGGAGACGGCUGAAAACAUCGGCUAUUCUUGUAACCUGCUGCGCGAGGAAAUGGCCGAAGUCUUCAUCGUGGCGUCAAACUCUCCAGAGGAAGUGAGAGAGGAGCUGCGGAACGCUAGGAAAAAGAUGAAUCCCAGGUCAGGGGAUGAGCCGACCUUUAUCAAGAGUGGAAUUCUGGGAAAGAGGUCUCAGGUCAUGCAGGAGGAGGAGACUGAUGGCGAAUACGCCAUGGUGAUAAACGGACACAGUUUGGCGUUUGCUCUGCAGAAGGACAUGGAGAUGGAGUUUCUGAGGACGGCAUGCAUGUGUCAGACAGUCAUCUGCUGCAGGGUCACUCCUCUACAGAAAGCCCAGGUUGUGGAGCUGGUGAAAAAACACAAGAAGGUUGUCACGCUGGCCAUCGGAGACGGAGCCAAUGACGUCAGCAUGAUCAAAGCCGCCCACAUUGGUGUGGGCAUCAGCGGGCAGGAGGGCAUGCAGGCAGUGCUGUCCAGCGAUUUCUCCUUCGCUCAGUUUCGUUACCUGCAGCGCCUCCUGCUGGUGCACGGACGCUGGUCCUACCUGCGCAUGUGCAAGUUCCUGCGGUAUUUCUUCUACAAGAACUUCACCUUCACGUUCGUACACUUCUGGUAUGGCUUCUUCUGUGGCUUCUCUGCUCAGACAGUGUAUGACCAGUGGUUUAUUACUCUGUAUAACCUGGUGUACACCGCUCUCCCAGUCUUAGCACUGGCUCUGUUUGAUCAGGAUGUGAACGACCGCUGGAGUUUCCAGUACCCUCAGCUGUAUUCUCCGGGCCAGCUGAACAUGUACUUCAAUAAGAAGGUGUUUCUGCGCAUUCUGCUACAGAGCUGCUACUGCUCCCUCAUCCUCUUCUUCAUCCCCUACGCCUGCGUCCACGACACGGUGCGGGACGACGGCAAGGACAUCGCCGACUACCAGUCCUUCGCUCUGCUGGCCCAGACCAGCCUGCUCAUUACGGUCAACAUACAGAUGGCUUUGGACACAUACUACUGGACAGCGGUGAAUCAUUUCUUCCUGUGGGGGAGCAUGUCGGUUUAUUUUGCCGUCACUUUCACCAUGUACAGCAAUGGCAUGUUUCUCAUCUUCACCUCCUCUUUCCCCUUCAUCGGCACAGCCAGGAACUCCCUAAACCAGCCGAACAUGUGGCUUACCAUGUUCCUCUCCACCAUGCUCUGCACGCUCCCUGUGGUGGCCUAUCGUUUCCUCUUCAUUCAGCUCUACCCCACAAUAAAUGACAAGGUGCGCCACAAGGCCAGACAGGCUAAAGCUGCUCCUCCUCCAACGCCUCGCCGUUUCACACGGCGACGCAUCAGCACCCGUCGCUCUGGUUACGCCUUCUCUCACGCCCGUGGUUAUGGUGACUUGGUGACCUCUGGCCGCUUCCUGCUGCGGCCUAAGAGGACUCGACCUGCGCUGUUUCCCGUUGUGGAUUCCCCUGUGACUAGCACAACACCACAGACGUACCGCACCAUCACGGAGGAGGACGAAAGUCGCUCGCCCACGUCCGAGUGAUCACCUCAAUCAAGACAGAAAAAUGUCUAACCACACUGUCACACAUGACAUAAAACACACACACACACACACACACACAUGCAUUUCUCAGAGUGUUGGCAGCACUCUCACUGUGGCAUUUUUUCUGGCCUUCUGGCCUUCGGUUUAUAGCUCCCACUUCCCCGUUCCCUCCUCAGAAGUGGCCUUUCCAAUAGAGCGCCGAUGGCUGUGUCCAGGCAGCCAAUCAGAAAAUGACUUUGCCAGGAAAAAGAAACUGUCCAGAAGUCCUGCCCAGCCUUGAGUAAUGUCCACUAUGAGUACUCUAGCGGCUGUCUCUUCUGUUUAUAAGGCUGAUGUUUUUAUAUUUGAAUAUACGAAGGUGGAGUGUCAGCCAGCUCAGC